UUGCUUGAGAAAAGUUUGAUCGAUCAUCGCAGCAAUCUGGUUGUGUCAAAAUUGGCCAUACAUCUGAGAGAUCGGUAUCGAGAGUGCUUGAGCCACAUCGAAAACUCAAAUCUUUGCGAUUACGUCUCAUCGCAGAAAUACAAGCAAUGGUCGCGCACAUGUGCGAUAAAAAGCGAAAUGUACGGCGCCAUUGCGAUGAUUCAUCUGGGUUGUCAGGCCGAUGAUGACAAGAAAAUGGGAGCAAGAUACGGCUAUUAUAAGAUAGCGAAUGAUCAUCUAACAGCCAUUCUGAAGCUAGCGGAAAAGGAAGACCGUGACGCUAUGCGAGCGUCGAUUGCAUUUCUUUCCGAUGUUGUUGGAAUCAAGUUAAACAACGCUAAGAAAGAGAAUGAGUUCAUCUACCACGAUCGGAUACCGGGUCCUGAUGAAUUGUGCAAAGACCUGGAGGGGCUCUGCAAAGUUCGCCCUCUUUCGUUCGAUCCUUUGGAUCCAUCGGUUGGAGGCGAAGAUCUGUUUGGAGGACUUCUGCCUUCUGGUGUUGUAAAGGCUGUUUCUGAAUAUGAAGAAGAGAAAGCUAGGCUUAAACGUGAAGUUUUGGCGAGAACUAAUGCCAGAGACGAUGAGUUGGAGUGA